GUGAGUGUAAGCUUUUACUCAGUAAACAACCUUAAUAACUCAGUCAGAGAGACCGUCUGAAAACAAACAAAAUUAUCUUGUUGUCUGGAUGGAAAAACACUUCAACCGUUGCUGCAAAAUGAGGAGGCUUUGUUUGAACUUUGCCAUCACCUUUCUGUGGCUUCUCCUUUCAGCGGUCCAAGAAACAGCUGAGCCCUUGAACAUUCAGAGCCAACACUGGAUGGAGGAGGAAGGAGGAAGAGGAGACACUGAGGGAGCUGCUUUGAAGGUUAAACACAUUUCCAAAGACCUACAGAUUAUCUCCACCAAACACAAAACACCUGCUUAUGGUUCCCUCGGCCCAUACGGGUGGCCUCAGAACUUCUCCCAAGCCCUGGAUCAGUAUCUGUACCGCACCCCUUCCAAACCCAAACCUCCAGCAAAAACUUCCACAAAGGCCAAGAAGAUCCUCGGUUGGGGGGAUUUUUACUUCAAUGUGAAAACAGUGAAGUUCAGCCUCCUGGUGACUGGGAAAAUUGUUGAUCACAUCAACGGCACGUUCAGCGUCUACUUCCGCCACAACUCAACCAGUCUGGGGAACAUAUCCGUCAGCAUCGUACCACCAUCCAAAGCUGUAGGAUGGGAGUUUUUGGAAUCCGAGGUCCAGGGCCUUCACACGAAAAACUCAGUCCUGGUUCCGGAUAUUACAUCCCAGUUCCAGAGCCCACCUCAGUCCACCAGCUCGACCCCACCUGAGCAACAGAGGCAGCAGCAGGAUGUGAUGAUGGUGACCGAACUCAACUGUCGGAUAGAUUACCAGAGAACCAACCGGUCUAAGAAGACCAAGCCCUGCAUGUAUGACCCCGGGCAGACCUGCUACUCAGAAAACACUCAAUCCCAGGCAGCCUGGAUCUGUGCUAAACCCUUCAAGGUUAUCUGCAUCUUCAUCGCUUUCACCGGCACCGAUUACAGGCUGGUGCAGAAAGUCUGCCCGGACUACAACUUUCAGAGCGAGCAGAAUCAGCAGCACUUUGGAUGACAGACACUGAGAUUCAAAAUCUGAGACAUCAAACACUGACUUUUCAUACAUCCUUUAAAAUCAUGUUUUCAGUUUUACAAAGGAGAGAUUGACUGCUUUUAUAAGCCUUAACAAAAAAACCCACCUUUGCAAUAUGUCUGUGAGUGCAGCAUUAGCCUGGUAUUGUUAGUGUGUUAAUAGUAGCUUCUGUUUAUAAGGAAUUUUAAACGGUAACUUUGUGUUGUCUGAAACUACUCACACAUCUACAGAGAGCUCCACGCUGACUUUUGAAAGAGAAGCGCCUUGAUCCAUUGUUUCACUUUAGUGUAUUGUUGUAAGAAUUAUCCCUCUCUGAAAUGGCUUCCAUAAAAAGGAA